AGGUCGGGUCGGUCGGACUCUUGAGUCUUCUCUUAGAUUCAAUAUUCUUUUUUUUUGACUUUUCUCUUCUUUGGCUAUUUGAAUUAAAAACAUCCUCCCUCUCCCAAGAGUAGCCAUGAUCACUAUACCAAUGGCUAGUGAGAAGCCCAUCAACCUCACAUCAGUGGAACCAGAAGCCACCUCUCCUGGACGAAGUAGUUCUCCAGCGCUCUCGUCAUCAUCCUCAUCAUACUCUUCAACCGCCCUCUCACCGGCGUCCUUUUCUUCAUCUCACUCUUCAGCAACCGCAUACUCGCCCGUCAUCUCGCCUUCAGAAGAUUACCACCAGCCUCCUACCAAUAUGCUGAAAGUGGCUACCCAACCAGCGGUAUACCCAACCGUGCCCUCGAUAGCACCGCCUCUAACGCCCAUCCGGAACCAAGUUGGUCCCAAUAUUAACAAGAGACCCAAACUAUCCCUCCAAACGUCUUGUGUUCCCGUCACCUUUGGCAAAUCAUCAACUGCACUAUCUUUGGCUGUUUCGAGUAACACUUGUCAAUCCCCUACCAACAGGAACACAUUUAAAAAUGCCUACGAGUCAUUUCACCGUGUUAACUCACCAGUAUGUCGGUCACCUCUAAAAGGCCCCUCAAGGAAUCGCCAGCGUGCGCCGUCAUCACCUGCAAUGGCAGGACCUGUCCGGACUUCGGAGCCGCCUUACAAGCUUCCAGAGGGCAUACGGGGAAUUCUCAGGAACUCACCCAUCCCAUCACCCGCUCAGACUGAAGAACGACUUGGGAGCCCAGAAGCAAAAGCGUCAACCCGAUCUACAAAACGAGUGAAAUAUCGAUACCCACUUGACGAGAUCAUAAAGACAGUCAAGUUUACCACCAAACACUCCGACAUUGAAUCGACAGAUGCCUCUGGGACGAGUUCCCCACUCGAGACAUACACAUUCAGUUCGUCGGAGGAAGAUUCCGAUUCCAGCGACUCUGCAUCCAGCGGAUCAACUCCGUCAGAAGACGAGUCAGAGAAUGCAGUCAAGUCACCUAAGAGAACAAGGAAGCAGACCCGGUCAAAACACAAGAGCUUUCGCAGCGAGAGACAAAUCCUUGCAGCCGGUGUCCGAGACGGCUUAUUGCCUUCUCGGGAAGACAGCUUACCUCCACAAACGCCUGUACACCAACGGACCGUCCAGCGGGAAUGGCGGUGGACUCUGGGGCCGAUAAAAGAUGGUUAUGUUCAGUCUUCCAGUCCUCCGAGCUCCGAUCUCGCAACACCCCCUGCAGAGGCAUCGUACGAGGUACCUUCAACGCCACAUACUGAGAGGAGGAACGACGACAACCCUCUAGCCUUUGCUGACAUGACGCCUCCUCCGUCUCAAGGCUCCGGGAUAUGUUCCAGCCCAGUUGUCAAGCCAGGCUCCUUAAGGCUGACAUGUUGAAGGCCGAAGUCAUUCCUCGUCCAAUCCCGUUACUCAAUAACGAUGCCAACGAACGUGACGACCGUGCAUUCUUACAAUUCUCUCUAUAUAUAAAUUUAUCUAACUUUCAGGAUUGACUGCUUCUCUCCAUCCUUAUUUACUUCUAACCACUCUGCUUGGGAGAGGCAUCGUCAUGACACUGCUCUUGAAACAUAACACCCAUUUGCUUGUUUUUAUUGCUGUUCUUUGGCGGGAGUCUGGGAGCAAAAACGAAGCUUUGGCUUGUAUACCCAUGUAGCGUUUCCCCUUUCGAAUACCAAAUUUUUUUUUUUUUUUACUUACAUUUUCAAUAGCUGG